AUGGCACAAGCUGGACUCACGCGCUCGCUGAUGAGCUGGCUCACCCGCAUCCUGGCAUUCCUCUUCGUCAUCUGGGUAUCCCCCACCGUGCUGGGCUCCUUCGGGCUCGGGGGCAAGGACGACGCCGGAGACUACGCCGCCACGAACCCCUGGCGCGACCUCCCCGCGGACCCGGCCGUCCACGAGACACUGAAGGAGGUGCUCCUCAUCGGCGACACGCUGCGCGACGGCAUGCUGCCCACAUCCCUCCCGGGCGACGACUACGACACCUACUCGGCCAUGCUGCGCAGCCUCGAGGGCCGCGAGGACCUCACCUGGCUCGUCAUCCAGGAGACGCGCAUCGACCAGACGGCGUCGGCGAUCGCCAAUCGCGGCGGGUACCACAGCCCCAUCCCGGAGGAGCCUCACGACUUACAUGAGCGGGCGAAGAGGCUGCAUAAUCACUGGUUCAAGCUCACCUCGGCCAAGGACAAGCCGGAGCGCUGGGAGGUACGGUUUGACACGACGUAUCUCCCGUCGCUUCUCACGGCGCAGGCGCUGGAUUCGGGAGAGCGGGCUAAGGGGUUCAAGCUGGACUUGACGCCUGCGCAGAAGGCCGAGGCGGAGGAGAAGUACAAGGCCUACCGCAAGAGAAGGGACCGCGCCGUGAGCUACCUCAAGAAGAACCCGCCGAAGCCGAUGGCGUGGGUCCCGAUCCAGACGGACGCCGAGGAGGUUAAGCGGGGUAUCUGGGAGACGAUCUUUAGCGAUGGGAUUGUGCGGGCUGGGCGGAAGGUGUUGGGCAAGCAGAUGGCGGCGAAUCCGCUGUUCAAGCCCGUCUAUCGGGAUCUCGUCACGGAGCGGGUUCCAUAUAGCUGGGUCGAUCCCAACCAGCCUGCGGAGGAAUUUAAUGAGGCGGACCACCUCAAAGAGAUGGAGGCCUUUAGAGAAGAGAGCCGUCUGAGGCAGGAGAGGUCGGAUAGGCAGGCCAAGUUCCAGGAGGAACUGAGGGCUGCGGAGCGGGGAGACAAAGAUGAGUUGUAA